AUGGAGGCUUCCGUGUCCUCCUUUCGCGCCCACCCGAACUUCUACAUGGUGGCGAUGGUACAGGGGCUGAAUGCCCAGGUGCGGGAUUUCCAGAAGGUAAUACUAAUAGACGAACUGAGGGCACGGGUGCGCGACCGCCUUGACGCAGUGCCACAGCACUACGAGCACCCAGUAUUGUACUGCAUCGCGCGGGGAGUCAACCGGGAGAACUGCGGCUGGGAGGAGCCAUUGCGCCAGCGACCGGAGCUGUGGACCUUUCCCGAUCCCAUUCCGAGAGGAGGUUCCCGUUCUGAGCCGGCGACCAUACAAUCAGACUUGAAUAUGAACUGGAAUAAUGUGUGGACGUUGGAAUAUGUGGACUGGAAUGUUAAAUGGACCAUUUGUAUGUCAGAUUUUAAUGUCGCUCUGAGGAAGACGGCGUUCCAGACUAGCACCCUUAACGGGACGCACGGACCCGGGGUUGCCAGCCUUGCUGUAGACGGGAUUACCAAUACCUACAUGAACUACGGCAUUGCCACCUGUACACUCACACAGCAGGAGGCUGAUCCAAGCUGGUGGGUGGAUCUCGGCCGAUCGUAUAUGAUUGACAGAGUGGUCAUCUUCAACCGCAUGGACUGUUGUUCGGAACGACUCAACCCCUUCAACAUCCACAUCGGGGACUCCGACCAGGUCAGCGAGAACCCCAGGUGUGGAGGUGAUCAUCAGAUCCUCGUGACGAAGCCGACCGUUUCCAUCCAGUGUCGGUGGAUGGCAGGAAGAUAUGUGGGGGUUCAUCUGACUGGCCCCUCCCGAAUCCUGACGCUGUGCGAAGUCCAGGUUAUUACAGAACCCUGCCAGGUGGGGGAUGGGGCAUCCUACCGAGGAACCGUCUCUGUGACCAGGACAGGCAAGACGUGUCAACGCUGGGACAGGCUGUUUCCACAUGUACACAGCAAACUGUUUGAACACCCGUCAUCCGGACUGGAGGAGAACUACUGCCGGAAUCCGGAUGGUGAACCCGGAGUCUGGUGCUUCACCGAGAAUCCGUCAGUGCGAUUCGAGCUGUGCGAAGUGCCAGCCUGUGCUCCUAAGAAGUGGCGAGAAGAUUUGCGUUGCGGACGAGGCUACAAGGCUGAAGACAACACCCCGGCCGCCGAAUGCGACCCUAGCAGUAAUUUCCCAUGCUGCUCCCCGGACAACUGGUGCGGCAACACUGCGGCUCACUGUGACUGUCUGGCGUGUGUCGACUACAGGAACACUGGUAUUUGUGCCAAUGGGACCAUCAUUGACCAGACCCAAGUAUGUGACGGUAGGGACGACUGUGGAGGCAAUACGGACGAACUACGCUGCUCCCUCUCUGCCUGUGACAAUGGUGUCCUGUUCCACCCGUUUGCUCGAUGUGACGGCAGAGAUGACUGUGGAGACAACAGUGAUGAGAAGAACUGUGACUGUUACUACCUACACGACAAAGGGGCAAGCUACAGGGGCCGUGGAAACCAACAACACUUCUGUCAGUACUGGACAUCUCAGUACCCCCACACCCAUAACCACACUCCCGAGGCCUACCCGUCAGCAGGACUGGAGCGGAACUACUGCCGGAACCCGGACGGGAAGGACAGGCCGUGGUGCUACACCAACAACGCAACAAUCAGGUGGAUGUACUGCGACGAUGUCUUCGCCUGUGACGAGUUACCAACAAGUUGCUUCUUCACUAACGACAAGGGAAGGACCUAUACAGGGCACAUAAAUAGGGCAGGAGACCGGCUGUGUCAGAGAUGGGACUCCCAGUCCCCCCACACCCAUCCUCACACACCACAGGCUCAUCCUGAUGCGGGGCUGGAGGAAAACUUCUGCCGUAACCCUGACAACAAGGACCGGCCCUGGUGCUACACCAGGAACGGGACGGAGACGUGGGGCUACUGUGACGUGACGGAAUGUCCUGACCCCACGUCGUCGGACUAUGUUCCCAGAAAGUGUAACAGCUCCUGUAAAGGAGAGUGCGGACAGAGUUACAAACAAUUUUACUCGUGUCAGUGUGACCAGGACUGCAGCUUUUUCAGCGACUGUUGUAGCGACAUUGGAGAGGUAUGCAACUUCAACACAACAGCUCAAAAACCAUCUGAUCGUGACCAUGAAAAGUGGAAGUGCCUGUCGGGAUAUGACAAGGGAAGAUCUUAUUGGCUGGUGGCUGGCUGCCCUGACGACUGGAUGGACGACGUCACAAGAGAUCAGUGUUUAAAGCAAGCUGAUCCCAACAACCCGGACUCGUGUCGAGUUUUCUCGUCCCUUAGUCACGGCCCUUCGAAUAAUACUUCCCAUCUCCAAAACUGCAGCAGACCCAUUCUGAAUUUCACAUCCGAAGAGUUCGAAAUCCUUCCCAAUGGCAGUGUCCGCCUGUUGAGUUCUAACUUGUCAUGCCCAGCUGAGCAGGUGGCCAUCCUGAACACAGAAGCAUCAGUCUGUGGGGACUGCCUACUGGAGUAUUUUUCGAACGACACGCUCCAAACCUCGGACCCUGUCCAGCACUGGUUAACCCUGGGUCUUGUGAUAGUGUCUGACUUUGCCGUGUCUGGUUUUGUGGCUCACACUUACAGGUCAGGCCAGUGGAAAAAACUCCCGGAAAAGCUGAAGGUACAGAUGAUGACAUGCAUGGCAGUUGCCGUAACCCAGUUUGUGGGACGUGUGUUCCUCUCUCCCGGUCCAGGCUGUACAGUUUAUGCAAUACUUCUGCACUACUUUAUUCUGACGGCCUUCACAUCCAUGAACGUGCUAGCUGUAGAUCUCUUCCUUACAUUUCGUGAGGAUUCCGAAAGAGCCGAACUGUACAAGUACAUCUUGUACACCUGGCUGGUGCCGGUGCCUAUAGUCCUUGUCACAGUGAUUGUGGAAUUCGGCAGUUCUGUCAGGGUGGGUUAUGGAGAGCAGUGUUGGAUCGGCAAUCCAACAGCCAGUCUGGUGGCAUUUGGAGUUCCUGUCCUCUGCGCCCUUAUGGUCAAUUUUGUCUUCACCACUCUUGUGUUGUUGGCCAUACGGAAGUCAUUUCAGAUAGCCAGCACUGCUUUGCAACGCUCGGAGAUCAGCAAGAUCUGGGUCUACAUGCGUAUCUCGUUUCUGGCGGGGUUCACCUGGAUUUUGGGAUUCAUUGUUCCUUUCGUCAAUGUCGCAGUUCUCGACUACAUCUUCAUUGUGCUGAAUGCUUCUCAAGGCCUGCUGCUGACCCUGUUGUUGACAAUGACGGGGAAGGUGUUGGAGGAAUGGAAGUAUUCGAUCAUGGUGCGCCUGGGUCUGAUCGAAGCUAACCAGGACAUUGGAGGAACCACCACUACCAGCAACCGGCGGACCAGGAGAACUGAGGUGACAACAGCAGGUGGAACCGGCACUGCUAUGGAGAUGACAAUCAUGGCCGAUGUAGAGGAGAACAGGGCACGCCAUCGUGUGGGCAAGCCUCGUCAGGACAAGGGGCGGAACGCAACUGCCAGCAACCAGCCUACCACCGCAGGGGAAACUGAGGCAGAUGAAACUGGCACUGCAGGCAACUUGCAGACCCUCGCAGGUGGAUUUGGGCCAACAGCAAGCGGCACUGACGUUGCUACUGAGAUACCCAUGAAAACAUUCGUCGAUGCUGAAGAAAAUCAGGCUGAAGACAGGCGUUCGGCCUGCGCUGAAGAUGACACCAGUUUCUGA